AAAUCUCUUACAUCCUCCCACGUGUGAACAUUGAUUCAUUAAUUAUUUCUUCCUCUAAUAUCUUUUCCUAUAUACUUUCCCUAAUGAAGAAAAAAAGUGUCUUAAGAAAAGCGAUAGAUAUUCCGGUGAGCGCCAUGGCUUCGGCCUUAAGCAGCUCCACAAGUACUUUGUUGUUUCUUUCAACUAUACUUCUUCUCAUUAUUUUCUUUAUGUCCCAUAGCCUAACCCUAAACCAAACCCAGCUUAUAAUCAACUCUUACUCCCUCAGUAACAAUUCAUCAACCAAGAACAAUAAUAACAGUACUACUACUACUACUCAAAUUCAUAUUCCUAUUCCUUCGAGUAAUAUAUCAAACACCAACUAUAGGAGUCCUCCACCAAAAGUUUCUUUAGUCUCUUUUCUCUCAAAUUCUGUGCAUUUAAACAGAACUAAAAAUAAUUUUCAGACUGCUAAAAAAGUAAUCAUCAAGAAGAGCAGAUCAGAGAAAAUUGAGUAUGAUUUGGCCCAGGCUCGAGCAGCUAUUCACGAAGCUAUUGUUUCCAGAAGUUUCAAAUCUGAUAAGAAUGAGAGUUUUAUCCCAAGAGGUUCCGUUUAUAGAAAUGCCUAUGCUUUUCAUCAGAGUCACAUAGAGAUGGUUAAGAGAUUCAAAGUGUGGAGCUACAAGGAAGGAGAGCCCCCAGUGUUUCACAUGGCGCCAGUGAACAACAUAUACGCGAUUGAAGGGCAUUUCAUGGACGAGAUAGAGAGUGAGAAGAGUGGAUUUAGAGCAAAAAAUCCUGAGGAGGCACACAUGUUUUUUCUGCCAUUGAGCGUGGUGAAUAUCAUUAGCUAUGUUUAUAAUCCCAUUCUUACCAAAGCUGACUACAGCCGAGACCGCCUGUGCCGACUUGUCCACGAUUACAUUGCUGUGGUCGCCAAUAAGUACCCGUUUUGGAACAAAAGCACUGGUGCUGAUCAUUUCUUGGUUUCCUGCCAUGAUUGGGCACCGGAAGUUUCACAUGGGAAACCUCAACUUUUGAACAACUUCAUUAGAGUUUUAUGCAAUGCCAACACUUCAGAAGGAUUCCAACCCAAAAGAGAUGUCUCACUACCAGAAAUCAACUUGCGAGUAGGUACAUUAGGUCCACCUGAUGUGGGCCAAAGUCCAAGCAAACGUUCAAUUCUGGCCUUCUUUGCAGGAAGGGCCCAUGGAUAUAUUAGACACAUCUUGUUCGAGCAUUGGAAGGGCAAAGACAAUGAAGUUCGAGUUCAUGAGAAGCUCCCUAUGGGUCAAAACUACUCCAAACUAUUGGGCCAAAGCAAGUUUUGCUUGUGCCCUAGUGGCUAUGAAGUGGCCAGUCCAAGAGUUGUAGAGGCAAUUAAUGCCGGGUGUGUUCCAGUGAUUAUAUCUGAUAAUUACUCACUACCCUUUAGUGAUGUACUUAAUUGGAGCACAUUUUCCAUAACAAUCCCAACUUCAAAGAUAUCUGAAAUUAAGAAUAUUUUAAAAGAGGUACCAAAUAAAGAAUACCUAAAAAUGUAUAGAAGGGUAUUAUUAGUAAAGAGACAUUUUGUGCUAAACAGGCCAGCUCAACCAUUUGAUGUAAUUCACAUGGUGCUUCAUUCUGUUUGGUUGAGGCGACUAAACUUUAAGCUUGGAAAUGUAAACAUUAUAUGAUUUAAGUUUUUAUAUGAGCUUUAUGCUAUAGUAAUAUAGUAGUAUUCUUUUAUUGA